UAGUAGUGCAGUGUGGUAAUAUUAUGUGUUGUAGAACGUGGGAACUGUAAUUCAACAUGGUAGUGACACGUAAGAGAACUAUAGAUGGCGUUAAAGAGAGUAAAUCUAAAACUCAAACUGGCAAGAACAAAAUAGUUGAAGAGCCUACCGUCAAGAUGCCUGCUAAGGCAACAGGUCUCCCCAGGCUUGUGGGUAACAAACUCACUGAUUCUGAUUCGUCAACCUCGGGAAUUGCGACUCCUACUCGACGAUCACGUAGACUGUCUACUGAUCUGAAGGAAUUGUCACCUCCAGGGACACCCUUACCUUCCAGGCAGACAAUGAGGACAUCUACAGAUACUCAAAAUCCACAUGUGUCAAGUGAGACGCCAACCAAGCCUUCAAGGGUGACUACAAAUUCUGGAGAGACCCUCGAGUCAACCAAACAGACUCCAAGAAAUCGUACAAGGAGAACUUCAGGUACCAAAGACACACUUUUGCCAGGGCUUCAAACUCCAACAGGACGUACUACUCGUGGGAGGCUGUCAGGUGCUGGAGCAAAUCAGGACACACCAACAGUUUGCACACCCUCCAAACGUAGAAGGAGGAGCUCUACUGGUGGUCAGGAUACCCCUGUAUUACAGACUCCAACUAGACGAUCUAAGCGACAUUCUGGUGUUGGGAUCCUGGAGUAUGAACUUCCAAGUGACACAGAUGUUGUCUCACAGCUAGACAAAAAACCUGUAAGUGAAGGAGAGGAAAUAUUGCCAAUGAUUGAAGAAAUUGAUGAGGAAGAAGAUAAUGCUUGUGAUCCUAAAGUACCCAAGUGUGUGAAGUCUAAAAAAGAGAAAGAUGAAGUGGAAGGAAUUAUAACAGCAAAUUCAAAGCCAGAUACUUUAAGUGUAAUUGAAGAGCUGGAGGAUGUUGACAACGUAGCUGAAAAGAAGGACUCCAUGUCUGAAGAGGAUAUAGAACUCGGCAAUUAUAAUAAUUACAGCACAUCUUCCUCAGCUAACACAGAAAAUAAUGUGUUAGUGGUCGCUGAUGAAACCGUUUCUACAACUGUAACUACAGACGAAGAUGUUUUUAGUAGUAAUGAAGAUGAGAUGAUGCUUGCUAAUUCAGAUGCAAAUUUAAAUGGAAAGGCAGAAGAGACACAAAACAAAGACCGAGAGGUUACUAGCACUACAAAUAUAGCUGUUGCUGUCGAAGAGAAAGAAAGUGAGUCUGGUAGUACUCAGCUCUCACAACAUGGGAAUGGUGAGAAAGGGACACCAAUUAAUUACAAUACUAAGGUAACAAAUGAUAAUUUGAAAAAUGAAAACAGUCACGUGAAAAUUGUACCAAGAGGAAUGCCAGUAUCAGGACGGUGGUGGAAGAAGGAAAAGGAAAGGUUUAGGUCUAUCAAUAAGGAUGCAACUGGUAAAAAGUCAUGGGCGAAAAAGAUGAAACUAAAGCAAGAACGUCAAAAUGUUUUAGCAAGAAGUUCUGCGAUAGAGGCAGAGAAGCAGAAGAAAAAAGAUGAAUUAAUCGAACGUCGACGCCUUAACAAAAUACGCCGUGAGGAGAAUGCCAAGAAAUCUGAAAUUGUUCAAGUGAUCAAGGAUCCAAGGAAGCUGAAGAAGAUGAAGAAGAAGCAGUUGAGAUACAUACAAACAAGAGAUACCAGUGAACUUAUGCAACCAAAAUAAAAGAGUGGAUGAUACAGGUACCUCCCUGUGUUGGAUACCGGCCAAUAAAAAUUAAAAUCUCAUUAAUUUCAAUAAAGGGAACUUGAGAAGA